AUGCACUUGGAGGUCAUGCAAGACAAAUGCAGAGGAAAAGCAGCACCAAUAGUAUACUCCUCUCAGGCUCCCGGGCCUGGGGUGGCUGUUGGCCGCACAUUGCGUCAGUACAAUGCCGCAUAUGAAGGAGAACAGAUGUACCGCUGGCUCUUGAUCCUCAAUCCUCUGCCACCCAAUGUCUCAACGCUGGCGACUACGACUGCAAUCCUAGCCCCUCCCCCUCUCAAAAACCAUCCCCAUUGCACGCACCAGGACGACAACAAAGAUUGUGGGAGCCGUAUUGUCAUGAUAAGAGUACCAAAUUGGGUAAUCUGUCCCACUCAUGGCCAAAAGUUCAUACAGCUGCAGCAACAGAUCAAUGCUCAGCUAGAGUACUGCAAAUUAGCGGUGGCAAUGACCUUAGCAUACAACUUCUGGCUGUAUGAGUUGUAUAGUAUCUAUAUCUAG